AUGCUCAGAAGACAACAAAUGGAGUUUGCACAAUUUGUGAUUCUAUUGUUUUUCGCCGUUACUGCUAUAACUGUGGCUAUUUUUAUCGAUGUUGCAAUAAAAUGGCCCAAUUUGAUGAAGAAGUGGACCGAAGUGGAUAAGGCUCUAUCAGCAUCUUAUGGCUUUCCCUCUGAUUUACAUCGGCGGUUAAAAAUGAUAGCCUUCAUUAUUUUGGUUGCUGCUAUUGCGGAACACUCUUUAUACUGGGCUUUCAGAUUCAAAUAUAUCGAACGUGGAGAAACUUUCUCUGAAACUGUUCAACUCUAUUUUGAACAACAGUUUGAUCAAGUGUUUAGUAUUGUUCCAUACUGCGUAGUUGUUGGAGUUGUUGCACAGAUUGUGAAUACUUUCAGCACCUUGUCGUGGAAUUUCAUGGAUCUUUUUAUUAUUAUAGUUAGUUUAGCGUUAUCGGCUAGGUUUAAACAAGUAUACGUCGAAGCGAAUUUACUUUUAUUGAAGGAGGAGAAUGUAGAUGUUUGGUGUCGUGUCAGAGAAGAUUACACAAGACUUGCAAUACUAUGUGAGAACGUUGAUGACACAAUAUCGACAAUCAUGUUGGUGUCAUUCGGUAACAAUAUUUUUGUGGUACUUGUUCAGUUGUACUACAGCAUAGAGCGACCUCCUGUUAAUGCUGCUUUAGACAAAAUCUACUAUGUUUAUUCUUUUUCAUUUCUUGUAAUUCGAACAAUUGCGGUAGCUUUGUAUGCAGCAACUAUUCACACAGAGAGUAAAAAGCCGCAAUAUUACUUAAAUGCUAUAAAUGUAGAUAAGAUGAACCAAAAACUUACAACCCAUUCAAGUCUCAGUUUCUUACUAAUCUUCGCCCAGUGUUUCGGUAUGCUACCCGUAAGUGGAAUAACCAACGAAGACAGCUCUUCUUUGAAAUUUUACUGGACGUCAAAGCGAAGCGUGUACUCAAUGACGUUCGCUGCAGCGUCAACGUUAAACGUAAUUUUUUUUAUAAUAAAAAUGACUAAUACCAAAAGUGCACAGUUUUCAGAUUAUGUUACUUUGUUAUUUUUCAUGGUUACUUUAAUCACGAUAAUGAUAUUUAUAGACAUUGCGAGAAAAUGGCCAUCACUUAUAAAAAAGUGGACUGUGGUCGAUAUAGCAAUGAGCAGUUAUGACUUUCCAGUUAAUUUACACACUAAAAUGAAGAUCAUAGCGGGUCUAAUAAUGGGGGCAGCGGUUGUAGAACACUCCCUAUUUGUUUCCACGGUGUUCAUAUCUUGUGGAGUCGGUUAUAAUAUUGGCGAAACCGUAGAUCGUUUUUUAAAAUAUCGUUUUGGUUUUGUUUUUGAGGUCACAGGUUAUGAUAUUGUGUGGGGACUAUUUUUACAAAUGCUGAACAUUUUUAGUACAAUAUCUUGGAAUUUUAUGGAUCUUUUUAUCAUCCUGAUAAGUUUAUGCUUAUCAGAAAGAUUCAAACAGGUGACAAAGCGUAUACGUUUUUUGGCUUCAAAAAAUGUAAUCGAUUUGAGUGUGUGGGAAAAAGUUAGAGAAGAUUAUACGCGUCUUACAGUUUUAUGCGAAUCUGUAGACAACCUUAUGUCCAAUGUAAUUUUGGUAUCUUUUGGUAACAACAUAUUUGUGAUUCUCGUCCAACUAUUUAAUACCUUGACUAGUCCUCCACAUCAUGGAAUCCUAGAUAAAACUUAUUACGUAUAUUCAUUUGGAUUUUUAAUUAUCCGUCUCAUUGCUGUUGCAAUGUGUGCGGCGACAGUCAAUUCAGAAAGCAAAAAACCGAAGCAUUAUUUAAACACCUUAUCUACACUGAUCUACAAUGUAGAAGUUGACAGACUUUUGCAUUAUGUAAAAUAUAACACGGCCGCGCUUACAGGACAUAAAAUUUUUCGAGUAACCAGAACACUUAUACUAAGGAUAUCGCUGGCUAUUGUAUCAUAUGAAUUAGUACUGGUGCAAAUGCUAAAUCAUGCACAAAUUUUUGGAUAUUUGCCGGCACAGGGAAUAUUAGGCCCUGAUUUUCGUUCCUUACACUUCACGUGGAAAUCAGUGAGAGUGUUGUAUGCAGUUCUGACCAUCGUAGGUGCCAUUUUUGUUUCUGUGAUGCAAAUGCACAAAAUUUUUGUAAAGGGCUUUGAUUUAAUGGAAGCUAAUAGAUUUUUCUUUAAUUUUUCUGGUGUAGUAGGAGGAAUUUUGUUUUUGAAGUUGGCAAUAACUUGGCCUACUUUAAUCAAAGACUGGACAUCUGUGGAAGUGUCCAUGUUGAGUUAUGGAUGGCCUGCUGGACUGAACAGAAAACUUAAUACUUUGUUAAUAACGUUCUCGGUUAUGGGUUUAGUUGAACAUCUUCUAGGACAGAUCAACAAGCUUAUUUUAUCAUUAAAUUGCAACACUGGGGUGGCUGAAGGUUUAACACUUCAAGCUAUUAAUUUACAGUUGUGUUUUAUAUGGACGUUUAAUGAUCUCUUUGUGAUGAUACUCAGUACAACGUUAUCUUACAGAUUUAGCCAGAUAACGGCCAGAAUACAGUCAGUUGCAGAUGCAAAAAUUGAUAGCGAAAUUAUUUGGAAAAAUUUGCGCGAGGAUUACAACAGGUUAUGUAGACUCUGUAGACGAGUGGAUGAGGAGAUUUCUUACAUAGUUCUUAUGACUUUUGCUUCUGAUUUAUUCUUUAUCUUAGUACAGUUGUUUAAUAGCUUGCGACACUUAAGGAACGAUAUAGAACGUAUAUACUUUUACUGGUCCUUUGGUUUCUUAAUUGUACGAACAAUUAGUCUUUGCUUAUUUGGGGCGCAAGUCAACGAUGAAAAUCAGUCCGAAGGACAAACCACACAAGAGUGGCCUGAGUUAAUGGAAGAAUGGCACAAUAUAGAAGUCGUAAUGGGGACUGCAGGAGAAACUACAAAUUUAAGGAAAAAAUUAAAUAUUUUAAGUGGCACCUUUACAUUUAUAGCUACAGUGGAACACAUUUUGGUUAAAUGGCACCUUCUUUACGAAAUUGCACAAAAGUGUGGUUCUACUGAUAAUAUGACUAAACAAGCUUUAGUUUAUAUGAAUUACUAUACAUUCAGCUAUAUAACUAAAUAUUCUUUGUGGAAAGGACUUUUCUUUGAGAUGAUAACAAUCAGGACUUUUGCUCUGAGAGUUAAACAAUUUACGUCCAAAGUUGGAAUCUUGACGAAAUCUAAGACGACUGACAUCAAAGAGUGGAAAAGGUUACGACAGGAGCACUAUCAGCUCUACCAGUUAUGUUAUCUUUUGAACAACAGAUUAACGUACAUAAUAUUUUUAUCCUAUGUUCUUAGACUCGUAUGUGUUACUCUGUAUGGGGCGUCGGUUAAUAGUGAAAGUAAGAAAGUGCUACCUUUAUUAUUUUCUGUUUCCUCAAAAGCCUAUAACAAAGAGGUGGACCGUCUUAUUGAUCAAGUUAUUAAAAAUCGAAUCGUUAUUUCAGUUAAAAAUUUCUUUAAAAUAACGAAGACUUUAAUCUUACAGCUGGCUGGAGCUGUAGUUACUUACGAAUUGGUACUAAUCCAGUUUAAUUCUCAGUUACUUAACGUCGACGACGAACAGCAAGAGAAUAACUACUCCAACAACACAUGUGAAUAA